AUGACGCCCAACCCACCUGAUGCCAUGACGCCCAACCCACCUGAUGCCAUGACGCCCAACCCACCUGAUACCAUGACGCCCAACCCACCUCAUGCCAUGACGCCCAACCCACCUGAUGCCAUGACGCCCAACCCACCUGAUGCCAUGACCCCCAACCCACCUGAUGCCAUGACGCCCAACCCACCUCAUGCCAUGACGCCCAACCCACCUCAUGCCAUGACGCCCAACCCACCUGAUGCCAUGACGCCCAACCCACCUCAUGCCAUGACGCCCAACCCACCUGAUGCCAUGACGCCCAACCCACCUCAUGCCAUGACGCCCAACCCACCUGAUGCCAUGACGCCCAACCCACCUCAUGCCAUGACGCCCAACCCACCUCAUGCCAUGACGCCCAACCCACCUCAUGCCAUGACGCCCAACCCACCUCAUGCCAUGACGCCCAACCCACCUCAUGCCAUGACGCUCAACCCACCUCAUGCCAUGACGCUCAACCCACCUCAUGCCAUGACGCCCAACCCACCUCAUGCCAUGGCGCCCAACCCACCUUAUGCCAUGACGCCCAACCCACCUCAUGCCAUGACGCCCAACCCACCUCAUGCCAUGACGCCCAACCCACCUCAUGCCAUGACGCCCAACCCACCUCAUGCCAUGACGCCCAACCCACCUCAUGCCAUGACGCCCAACCCACCUCAUGCCAUGACGCUCAACCCACCUCAUGCCAUGACGCUCAACCCACCGCAUGCCAUGACGCUCAACCUACCUCAUGCCAUGGCGCCCAACCCACCUCAUGCCAUGACGCCCAACCCACCUCAUGCCAUGACGCCCAACCCACCUCAUGCCAUGACGCUCAACCCACCUCAUGCCAUGACGCUCAACCCACCUCAUGCCAUGACGCCCAACCCACCUCAUGCCAUGGCGCCCAACCCACCUUAUGCCAUGACGCCCAACCCACCUCAUGCCAUGACGCCCAACCCACCUCAUGCCAUGACGCCCAACCCACCUCAUGCCAUGACGCUCAACCCACCUCAUGCCAUGACGCCCAACCCACCUCAUGCCAUGACGCCCAACCCACCCCAUGCCAUGACGCCCAACCCACCGCAGCCGUGCCAUCUCACGCGCACCUGCACUCUCCUCGCCCCGGGCAUGCCACUGGCUCGUCUGGAUCCUGUCAGUGAGCAACACGUGGCGGCAGCAGCUGCUGCCACGUCAGCACUGCAGGAGAAGAAAGCAGGCGGGCUGACGAAGGUGCGGUGGCGGUGGGUGGACGUGGAGGGGCGGGAGGGCGAGGAGGAGCUGGACCGGGCAGCGGUGAUGCAGCGCACGGGGCUGCAUGCGCGCGACCUGCGCAUCCUCGACCCGCUGCUCUCCUACCCCUCCACCAUCCUCGGCCGUGAGCGCGCCAUCGUGCUCAACCUCGAGCACCUCAAGGCCAUCAUCACGGCUGAAGAGGUGCUGCUGCGCAACCCGGCUCACGAGGGCGUGCAGCGUUUUGUGGACGAGCUGCUGCGCCGCCUGCACCUGCAGCCCGCCGCUGGCCCCCCCGCCGCUGCACCCCCCGCCGCUCCAGGGACCGCUCCUGCUGCUGCUGCUGUUGUGGGCGCAGCUGAAGCUGAAGCUGCUGCCAGAAGCGCGUCAGCUGCUUCCCCUCCUCCCACUGGCACCGCUGCUCAUGCUGCCCAUAUGGGUGCUGCUGCUGGCAGUGGUGUGUGUGGCACUGAUGGCUCUGCGAGGAGGCACGACAGUGGCGAGUCAAGGGAGGUGCAUGGGGGUGGAGGGGGGAGAGACGGCCAUGAAGGGAGUGAGGGGACAAGGGAGAGUGCACACGCUGUUCAUGGGAGCGAUGCGGCGAGAAGAGUCGAUGAGAGGCGAAGAGUACGUGGGGUGUCAGAGAUUGAGAUGGUGGAGUGCGAAGAGAGUGAGAGAUGUGGGCCAGUGGAUGGCGACGGGGAUGAGGAGGAAGAGGAGGAGGAAGAGGGGGAAGAUGAGGAGGAUGCGUGGGAGGGCAUGGGCAGUGCACACGGGUCCCGGGCGGAGAGUGAGCCGCUCACGCUGCGACUGCGCGUGAAGGAAGGCGACCGGCCGUUCGAGUUCAUCGCAUUGGAGGUGGCGCUGGAGCAGGUGUGCCGUGCGCUGGACUCGCACACCACGCUGCUGGAGAACGAGGCUUACCCCGCCCUCGAUGAGCUCACCUCCCGAGUGAGCAGUCUCAACCUGGACCGAGUGAGAAGCAUGAAGAACAGAAUGAGUCGACUCAUUGCUCGCGUGCAGAAGGUGAGGGAGGAGUUGGAGCAGCUGCUGGACGACGAUGACGACAUGGCCGAGAUGUUCCUCACCCGCAUGGCCGCCGCCCCGCACUCCCCCACCGCCACCUCGCUGCACGGCGCCGCCUCCCUCGCCUUUUCCCUCCCCGCCCCCGCCGCCCUCCAUGCGCCGUUUGCCUCUCCCCACCUCGCCUCCUCCCCGCUCGGCUCGCGGAUGUCCAUUGGCGGGCGGUGGGGCGGCAUGGGCAUGGGGGCGGGGGGCGGGGGCGUGGCGGCGCUGAUGAGUCGUGCGAGUGCGUACAGCAGUGCGCACUCCGACAAUGACGACAUCGAAGAGCUCGAGCAGCUGCUGGAGGUGAGCUGA